CGCAUUUGCUGAAAACUGUUUGGUGUAGGAGAUCGUUGUUAACAUUACACAAAAAUGGCUUCCAAGGGAACAGUAACUGGUGACGGACCCACUCAUAAAAUAGCCCUGAUAACGGGCAUAACUGGGCAGGAUGGGUCGUAUUUGGCAGAGUUUUUAAUCUCCAAGGGCUACCAUGUCCAUGGCAUCAUUCGACGAGCAAGCUCAUUUAACACUGGGAGAAUUGAACAUUUGUAUGAUAAUCCCACAGCACACACAGAAGGCCGUAUGAAACUACAUUAUGGUGACCUAACAGAUAGUACCUGCCUUGUGAAGAUCAUUAACGAGAUCCGCCCUGAUGAGGUCUAUCACCUGGGAGCUCAAAGUCAUGUCAAGAUCUCAUUUGAUCUGGCAGAAUACACUGCCAAUGUGGAUGCUGUGGGAACACUGCGGCUACUGGAUGCCAUUCGUACAUGUGGACUGACGGAAACCAUCAAGUUCUACCAGGCAUCCACGAGUGAAAUGUUUGGUAAAGUACAGGAAAUCCCUCAGAAGGAAACCACGCCAUUUUACCCCAGGUCUCCUUACGGUGUGGCCAAGCUUUAUGGCUACUGGAUCACAGUGAACUACAGAGAGGCUUACAACAUGUUUACCUGUAAUGGUAUCUUGUUCAACCAUGAAAGUCCACGCAGAGGGGAGAACUUCGUUACAAGGAAGGUUACAAGAGCAGUCGCAAAGAUCAAGCUUGGACAACAGGAAGUUCUGCAGCUGGGCAACCUAGAUGCUAAAAGAGAUUGGGGUCAUGCUAAGGAUUUUGUCGAGGCGAUGUGGCUGAUGUUACAACAGAGUCAACCAGAUGACUACGUCGUGUCAACAGGGGAAUGUCACAGUGUCCGCGAGUUUGUGGAAUUGGCGUUUGCAGAGGCGGGAAUAAAUAUUGUAUGGGAAGGAGAAGGAGUCAAUGAAGUUGGCAAGGACAAGUCUACAGGGGUCGUCCGCGUUUUUGUCAAUCCAAAGUUCUACCGUCCAACAGAAGUGGAAUUCCUGCUGGGGGAUUGCACAAAAGCUAAACAGACAUUAGGGUGGAAACCAAAGUAUGACUUUAAGAAACUUGUGAGUGAGAUGGUAGCUUCUGAUGUACAAUUGAUGAAGGAGAACCCGAUGGCUUGAACAUGUAUCCAGUUCCAAAAAAACAUCCCCCGCCGCCAUUUCCAAAGAGGUGAACAAUAAGGCUAUACUAUGACAAACAAGAGAGCUUUUAUCAGAAAAAGCAGAACAUUUUAUCAUCUUAAAUUUUUUUUUUUUUUUUGAAAUCAUGUUGAAAAUUUUUGAUUGUAUACAUGUACAUCAAGCAAAAAAAAGUAACAUUGACUAUUUAUUGAAUUUUAAUGUCUUAAAAAUCAAUGUGCCUGAGAUUUCGUUCUUCUGACAGCAGUGGGUGUAUAUAGCUAAUGAUUUAUGGUACUUUUAAGAUGUAGCCCAAGUGUGUGGUGAUGUACUUACGUAAUGUUUUAUGAAAAAUGUGAUGAGUUUGUAGUAACAUGCUUUAUUGUGCUAUGUUUUAUGAACAUUUGACGCUGUGACAUAUUUGGAUAUAUUUAAAGUUUAUAUUUUGAUUCAGAGCUAAGGUUGGUCUUUUUUCUGUUUUGUUGAUAAUUUACAUGUGUGACAUUCAUCUCACUAGUGCUGUAAUGAGUCAAGAACUGAACCUUGAGUGCCGCAUGGCUGCAUGGUACAUUGUAUUUAGCAUAGACACAGCUAAAACUAAAUAAUCUUUGUGUUUUCACUGCUUUUUAAUGUGUCAUGAAUUUAUCUCUGUGUGUUUAGAUAACAGCUGAUCUAAGCCUAUUUUUAUUUUUGAAUUCCAUGUGAAAUUAACAUUUAACCAAUCAAUCCAUGUAUUUCUUUUGUAUGUUGAGAAGGGUGUUGUACAUGAGACUGAAAGAGUUGAACACUUUUGUAUGUUGAGAAGGGUGUUGUACAUGAGACUGAAAGAGUUGAACACUUUUGUAUGUUGAGAAGGGCGUUGUACAUGAGACUGAAAGAGUUGAACACUUUUUGUAUGUUGAGAAGGGUGUUGUACAUGAGACUGAAUGAGUUGAACACUUUGCCAGUUUUGAUUUAAAAAAACCAAAAGCAGCCAUGCGUCUAGUAAACAUAUUGACCAAAAUUUAUUUCUUCUUGUCUAGAAUUUUAAUUAAACAUUUUUUAUCAAUGCAGGUUAUGAAGACUAGUUUCCAUGGUUAUGGUUACCAUAACAACAUUAAUGAUGUAACCAGCACAAUAAUGAUGUAACCAGCACCAUACAAAUGUAACAAGCACUAUAAAGAUGUAACCAGCAACAUAGAAAUGUAACAAGCAACAUAAAGAUGUAACUAGCAGCAUAAAGAUUCAGCAUAGCGUAACAAGCACAAAGCCCAAAACAGUUUGUGAACAUUUUCUGUUGAUGAUACGGACAUUAUACUUGUGUGUCACUAUACGAGUGACUAUAUGACGUUUAUUUUUCCACCACUAUAUCCAUUGUGCAGAAUAUAAUGCUGUGUGAUCAAAAUUCGGGUGACUGUUUUGUUUGUGUUGUCUUUUUUGUCUGCUGUACAGUGCUGGAACUGUUGGUAUCUACACCAGUCAUUACUGCAGAGCUUUCCAUUUCAUUAUGAACAUGUAGAUUUACAUCUAUCCUUGUUAUGUUAUUAGCUUUCUUCUGGUCUAAAAUUGUAUAAAUCCUCGUUUAUUGAAGAGAUUAUGUUUGAGCACUUAUUUCCAUAGACUUACACGUGAUCAAACCCAAAGCUGUGUCACGUCAAUUUGUUAGUUUCCAUGGCUUUUCUCCAUCUCAAUCAUCCCAGCCUAUCAGAUGAUAAAACUGGUUUACCUUUCUGACCACAAGGUGGCGCCAUUGUUACAAAAAUCAUUUUUAAUUAGGAUUUCCAGCGCCACCUUGAAGCUGAAUGGACAAAGAAGCGAAGGGGCUGAACCCAUUACUAGUAGGCCUAUGUGGUAAGCUCUGAAAUCAAAAGAAGUGAGCAUAUUAAAAUGGAAAAUGGAUCUCAGACGUUUUGUGGACAAACCCCAAUACCUACCAACCCGCUCUGAUCAGAGUAUGUAUGUAGUUUUAUGCUCCAGUUAGCUUUGCCAAAGAGCAAGUUGUUCUUAAAAAUGAACUUUGUUUCCAGUUUGACUUGUGUGAUCUGACCGAUUAAUGCUUUUUUCAGUGAAUCAUACUUAAUCUGAAAUAGUCACAUUGAUUUUUGUUUUUUUUUCUCUGGAUAUUUUUUUCUUUUUUUGCUUUUUGCUUUAUUAUUAAUGCACUAUAACUUUGGAGUCAGUAUAUUAGAGUGAAGUUGUGGGACCAAAGAUAAACCUAAAAAAAAAAAUGUAAACGUAUUUGUGAUAUAUGAUUUGUAAUUUAUUUGUGGGGAAUUUGUUAACAUGUUUAAAUUUUGUGUGCAGGAUUUGCAUUAAAUGAAGACUGUAGUAUUCAGAUCUACUGUGCAUGUUGACAGACCAUUUUUUAGACCCCUAUUCCCAAAUAAAUGUGCUAAUAUUCGUGGUUUGUAGGAAAUCAGUUUUAGAUUUACAAUUCUAUACGUUUCAUGUUUCAUAUAUUGUAUGUAGGUUCCUGGGGGAAAUUGGUUUCUCAUUAGUACCCAUGGAACUGUGGGGAUUUUCUUGCAAUAUUUAUUGGGGAAAUCUGUUAUUCACUGUUUUACCUUGCUUUGGGACUCUUUUGAUCAGUAUAAUAGCUCGUGUUGUUGCAGGGAAAGACCAGAGAAAUGCACUUUGGCCAUUUCUUAAGUAUUAUAGUAUUCACUUGAAAAAACCAACGAAAUAAAAUAACAGCGUUAUUUUAUUAACUCAA